UUCCACAAAAACUAAAACGUUCACUAACUAAAGUCCACUAAAAUCAUCUACCAUAAUCAUUUAGAGGAGCAUUUGGUGACACUAUAUAGUAAUUAUAAAUUAUACUGAAAUAUGCUGACUCCAGAUUUAUUAUUAGAUCCUCAAUUGAAAUAUUGGGUACUUUUACCCAUCUCAUUUGUUAUGGUAUUGGUGGGUUUGUUAAGAUCUAAUAUAACUUACCUUCUUCAACCAGGACCUAAAUUAGAGGAAUAUAAAGCCAUCAGAGAAAAACAAUUCUUAAGAAGAGCAGCCUGCUUUAGACAAAAUAAUGGAGUUUUAACUACUGAAGAAUUUGAAAAUAGAAGACAAUAUUUAAUUGAAAAAUUAAACUCUACGGAAUUCUAUGCAAAAGUAGAAGAUCCAAAUGCUGAAAGUACUAAUCCACUUUCAGAUCCAAGUACUAAUGAUGCAUUAAUGAAUAUGGCAAAGGGGAAUAUGAUGAAUUAUAUUCCCCAAACUCUUAUUAUGGCUUGGGUAAAUUAUUUCUUUGCAGGAUUUGUCAUUAUGAAAUUACCUUUCCCAUUAACUGAUGGAUUUAAACAAAUGUUACAAACUGGUAUAGAGACUCCUAAUUUAAAUGUUCGAUAUGUUUCAUCUAUAUCUUGGUAUUUUGUUAAUUUAUUUGGUCUUAGACCUAUAUAUUCUUUAUUAAUGGGAGAUGCUAAUGCAGCUGCAGAAUUAGUUAAUCAACAGCAACAACAACAACCUCUUCCAAAUAUUGGAGGUCCUGGUGGCCCCAAGGCUUCAAAAUUAUUCCAAGCAGAAGCAGAGAAUAUUCAAAUUUUAACUCAUAAAUCCAUAUUUGAUGGAAUUGUUGAUAGAGUUUUAGAUCAACAUGCAUAGUAAUUACGUAAUAUAUACGUUAUGAUACAUAGAUAGCUACUAUAUAAUAUAAUAUAAAUAUAUAUAUGUAUUGUAUUGAUAUAUGUAAUAUGUAAUUAUAUAUAGGAAGCUUAACUAUGUGCCUGCACACA